AUGGCGCGGAGCCCGGCGUGUGCAGCCGGCGCUCGGGCUCAACUUUGCUCCGCGUCCCCGCCCGGCGCCGGGCUGCUGCUGCUGCUGCCGCCGCCGCCGCCGCCGUCGUCGUGCCCGCCGCCGCCGCCCGGGCUGCUGCUGCUGCUGCUGCUGCUGCUGCUGUGCCCGCUGCUGCUGUGCUCGCGGCCCGGCGGUGCCUUAGCUGGACCAAUUAUCGUGGAGCCACAUGUCACAGCAGUAUGGGGGAAGAAUGUUUCUCUGAAGUGUUUAAUUGAAGUAAAUGAAACUAUAACACAAGUUUCUUGGGAGAAGGUCCAUGGCAAAACCACACAGACUGUCGCGGUUCAUCAUCCUCAGUACGGAUUUUCUGUUCAAGGAGAGUAUCAAGGAAGAGUCUUGUUCAAAAACUACUCACUUCAUGAUGCAACAAUUACACUGCACAACAUAGGGUUCUCCGAUUCUGGAAAAUACAUAUGCAAAGCUGUUACAUUCCCCCUUGGCAACGCCCAGUCCUCUACAGCUGUGACCGUGCUGGUUGAACCCACUGUGAGUCUGAUUAAAGGGCCAGAUUCUUUAAUUGAUGGAGGAAAUGAAACAGUAGCAGCCAUUUGUAUUGCAGCCACUGGGAAACCAGUGGCACGUAUCGACUGGGAAGGAGAUCUCGGUGAGAUGGAAUCCACUACAACAACUUUCCCCAACGAAACAGCAACAAUCGUCAGCCAGUACAAGCUGUUUCCAACCAGGUUUGCUAGAGGAAGGCGAAUUACUUGUGUUGUAAGACAUCCAGCUUUAGAGAAGGACGUCCGGUAUUCUUUCAUAUUAGAUAUCCAGUAUGCUCCUGAGGUUUCAGUAACAGGAUAUGACGGAAACUGGUUUGUAGGAAGAAAAGGCGUGAAUCUGAAGUGCAAUGCUGAUGCAAAUCCACCACCCUUCAAAUCUGUGUGGAGCAGGUUGGAUGGACAAUGGCCUGAUGGUUUAUUGGCUUCAGACAAUACACUUCAUUUUGUUCAUCCAUUGACUUUCAAUUAUUCUGGUGUCUAUGUCUGUAAAGUGACAAAUUCCCUUGGACAAAGAAGUGAUCAAAAGGUCAUCUACAUUUCAGAUGUGCCGCUGAAGCAGACGUCUUCCAUAGCGAUGGCGGGAGCGGUGAUCGGGGCCGUCCUGGCCCUGUUCAUCAUCGCGGUCUUUGUGACCGUCCUGUUGACUCCUCGGAAGAAGAGGCCAUCCUACCUGGACAAAGUGAUCGACCUUCCACCUACACACAAACCGCCUCCUGCGUAUGAAGAGCGAUCUCCUCCUCUGCCUCAGAAAGACCUGCGUCAGGCCGAACACUGGCCUUUGCGGAUGCAGUCAGAAGAGAGAGACGCGGGCACUCUUCCGCCUUCUAGUGGACUAAACAGCCGGAGAGUCGACUGCGGCGGUCAGAAGCCAGCGCAGGACGACAAGACGCAGCAGUUGUACGCCCUGCACAAGCAGAUGUGCUGCCAAGAGCGGAGCGCUCGCAGACACCACCAACACGACGGCCCCGAGAGACCCUGCGUGCACCCCCGAGAACACUAUGUGUGAUUGUUUUUUCCUCUUGUCCUAACAAAUGUUUAUUCUUAAAUUGGGGAGAGAAACUGAGGCAUAUAAACAACUCAGUCUAAAUGUACUGGAAGGCUUGAUGAAUGAGCUAGAGCUAAUCACAGAUUUCUUUGCUUCAUUGAGGGUUUCUUAGCCACCAAGCUGGGUUUGCGGAUGGGCCUGUAGCUGUGCGCAUUUCAGCGUCAGCGGUGAGCUCCCAACGCGUGGCCUGCAAAGCUGUGCUCAGCUGAAAGCCCAGCAUGUGCCCGUGACGAGGGCAGUGAUUCUCCAGCAAGAAAGGGCCCAGAUGGUAGGAAGAACCUCUCUGGGACCCAGACAGGCCAGCUUGCUCAUCUGUAAUUCAAACAGGCAGGAAACCAAGCUCGGAAUCCAUCUCACUAAUUAUUAGCUGGGAUUUAGAUUUCCCUGACAUGCUUAAUACAAUUACAAUGCCUAUGUGCAAACAGAGGCCCAAGGAAAGAGGUCUCUAGCCAAGAGACAACAACAAAAGGGCAAUUCAGAACUUCAGGCCUGCGGGGGGAGGGGGGAGAAGCUUGUAACCAGUGUUAGUGUGGUUUGUGUUCCCACCUGGUCAUCAGGAGGGUCCCAGGGAAUGAAUGGUGCAUAGCACCCUCUGCUCUUGCUCGCUCUCUCUUUCCCCGCACCUGUUUUGUCCUUGUCGCUUCAGUCCGCUUCUGUUCUGGCCAGGUUAGCCCUGGAAUCCCUGCCAGAACGGCGGGCAGCCUCCUCCUUGACCACUUCCUCUCCCUUGUACAUGACCAGCUCAGUGCUCAUUCGAGAAGUUUCUUUCAGAUGAGUCUUAGUGCACACAGCAAGCGCUGGCUCCUGCACUCCUCAGCCUGCCCGAAGGUCACUGGGAAGUGGCUCUUGCUUGGCCCAGCCAGUUGGGGAAUUUGGAAGCCUUUCAUUGUAAAGCAACUUCAGUGUUGCAUGCGUGAUACAUCCACAUGUCCUGUGUCCCUCCUCCCCCACAUGAUCCUGUCAGCAAGACAAGAGAUGCCCAGGCAGAUCACAAGAGUUCUCACCUUUGUGACCUGCCACACUGUGAUGCCCGGUCCUGUCUGCGUGAGCUUGGCCAUCUCCCUUUGCCAGCUUCCAUCGCUCAGAUUGCCGCUGGUACUGAGAGCGGAAGGAUUAAAGGCAGAGGGGUCGCUGGCACACGUGCAAAUGUCUGUCACCCACCCUCCUUCACAGUCUUAAGGAAAACAUGGCUUUACUGCGUGUCCUGGUCCUAGAAGAUGAAAGGUGUGUCACAGACAAAAACAAGCAAACAUUAUGUGCCUGUCCUCUAUUAACAAAAAGUGGCACAGACCUCAAAAUGAAUAAAAUGCAGGUACAACCUACUCUGCGCUAUGAGAAGAUGGACAGAUUUCUGGUGAGGUUCCCAAGACCCUUUGUGAUUCGUGCAGUGCUGGCCUCACUACCUGUUUGCUUCCUUUUCUUUGUAGCCUGGUUUUCCCAGAGAAGUCAGUAGUAAUAGGCCCCUGGCCCCAUUAAUUGGGUGGUCAACAGUUCUGAGGAAAAGGACGAUCAAAUUCCUGCUCAUUUCUUUGGUUAGGGCUAGCACUUUUAGAAGUUACAGCUGUAGAGCAUCAUUAGAGUUCAUUGCCUUUUGUAGUCAAGAAGAUGGUGGCUGCAUUGCCUGGAAUUACACUGAAUCUGUCUAACAAGGGAUGGGAAUCCUCGUGCAUGUCUUGGAGCAGUAACUUGCCUGUGCUGAGAGAGCUCUUUGACCGCAAAAGAGGGCUCCCUAAGUCCUGGAUGUUAGCAGGGUGAUAGCAGCCUACCACCUUCUUCAGAAAGCUUAAAAAAGACCUUAAUGUGAGGGGCAGUUUCUAAGGUCCUGCUAGGAAGCACAAUUUGGACCCAAGAGUGGAGGAGACAUUUUUGUUUGUGCCAGUGAAAAGGAUCUGGAAGCCCUUUGUCCUUAUCCCCCUCCUGUGAAGAGCCCACUCUACCGUUUUCUUGGUACAGUUAUAGGAUUGAAAUUUCAGGAUGUGGACAACUUGCAGCCAGCUAGCUCAGAAUCCUGUCUGCAUUUCUAUCAGCUGUUGUAUGUCUUGAACCAGCUGAUAGAUUUGGUAGCUGUUGGCCCUGUCCACAAAUCACAAAAGCUUUAUAAUAGCUUUUCCUAGUGCCUUCUGUCUGUUCUCACUAAAACCUUAGCUAAAUAGAGAAGAGCUUUAAAAAGGUUUGAUUAACCAGCCCCCUCAACCAAUAGCUGCCAUUCAAACCUCACCUGAAUCUACAGCCUAGAUCACUCGAUGCUAUUUAAAUUUGGAAGUUAGCCUCUGAAAGGUCAGUGAUUCUGGUCAAGGGAGAUGAUUCACAGAUAAAUAUUCAUGGAUAUAACUCCUAUAGAUGAUUCACUGAAACAAAUCACAGCACUUCUUCACUUCAGAUUGCAGCUUUAUUCUUCAGGGGGACAGGAGCACACAGCCUCCGCCCCCCCCCCAGUACAGCCUUAGUUUAUUGCCCAUUUCGUGGUCAGCAAAUGUCCAGGAGCAGCAACUGUUGUCGCAGUGUCCUUAACAGCAACGCGCUGUCCCUUCUGUGAGCAUUCACUCUACGCCUGGUGGCUUACGUGUUCUGAACUGGAAGAAGUGUGUGCUCUUUGGGACCCAUUAUAGAAAAUGUAUUCUGUGCUGGGCAUCUGUGUAACAUGUACAUACUAGAGACUGAGGAAAUGCGCUAUAAACUAAGUGCCAAGAUGCCCUUGUUUCUGUGGCCUUGUUAACCUGUGGAAAUAAGACAUUGUCUUCAUCAUUCUGCUGAGAAUGAAUCCCUAUGUAGUCUUUCAUAAUAGUCUAAAAUUCACAAUUUUGGCUGCCAUUGUUCAGGUUUUUCCUGUGCCGUGCUGGUCUCCUGGUGCUAUUCUUUCUGUACAAUGGAGCCUGCCUUCAAGUCUCAUGCUCCCUGAGGUUUAGAAGAGAGACCGUUGUUCCAAAAAUCAAAGGAACAGUUCUACUCCACCUUUCUAACCACUAACCCUAGGAAAGUGAUGACUAUCUAGGGCUUCAGUUGUCCCCAUCCAUGAAGCAGAGAUAAUGCCUUCCCGGUCAAACCCUUAUAACUGUGGUGAGGAACAAGGUAAUAACGGUUGACAAAUCAUAAUUCUCUCUGAACUGACAAGUGCCUAUGACUCCUAUACUGUUGCACAUUGAACCUAGAUUUCUAGUGCCUUUGCCAGUGCUUAGAAAACCAGAAGGUUCCCAGGAAGAGCCAGGCAGCAGUGUGAAAAUUUCAUUUUGAUAUAAUUGGUAUGUAAGAUGCAAGGGUCAAGCAUUCAUUUGAAUAAACAUUUGCUAUGCAGAAAGCGUCAUAUCUGAACCAUAGCCUUUGAAGCUUAUCUACAGUUGAAAUGGCAUGCUGUUAAAACCAGUGUUUGCUCUUGUUUUAUAAAUUACUAUGGACAGCUAGAGUGGUGUGGACUGGGUUCUAGGCCUAGCACCUUACAUGAACAAUGUCUCUAAACAGGAUCAAGCAGACCCCUGUUCUGUUCACUUUCUAAGACCUCCAUGGGGGUUCAUUCCACACCACACCACGCCACACCAUCAUGGGUCAUUCCUGUGUUCAGUCAGCUUUUCCUACCUGCUUUACAUGUUAGGCAAUGUAGUUGUCUUGAUUUUUAAACAGGGCUCUAAGACGCUACAUGGAAGAAAACCUCAUGAAAUAUUAACUAGAAAGCAAAUAUAUAGGAGAGGUCUUUUUUUAACUUAGGUUUUGUUCUCUAAACAUUUAGAAGUAAGUCCCCUGUGCAUUAGACUAACCAUAGGUACAAAAACAACCAGUCAAUUCCUGCAGGCACUCCACCCUAGUUGGUUCCAGUUUAGUGACACAAAUGUAGACGUGCCUUUCCUCAAAGUAGUUUGACAAAACUGUUGCCCUGUUGAUUUCACCUGUCUUGAACUCAGGGCAAGGUUACACUCACCGUGGACAUCUGGAACAAAAGCCAGGUGACCAAUGGACAGUCUGGAAAGUACAAAUGCCAGAGACCCCACCGGUGACUUAGCUUUGUGCUUGCGUUGCCUUUCUGGAAUCACAAGGCCCUUCCUUCAUCCUGGCCUAACUCGCAAACUCUGUGAAAGAGCCUGAGUUGCGUUCUAUCCCUACAAACUAGAAGCUGGUGUUUGCAAGCAUAGUCAACUGGAAUGUGGCUGAUCUUGUUAGCUGUGAUAAAAUACAUGGCUUCCUGCAAUAAAGAAAACAGUAAGCUCGC